AUGUCGUCCAACGAAUUGCUUACAUUAUCCAGAAAAGCUCGUUUCAAUGAUCUACCCAGUUUUUCCGGUCAACCAUCAGAGGACAUCGAACAAUUCUUGAAGAGAAUUACAAAUUUAACUAAAACUGACACUGACAUAACCGAUGCUCAACGUCUUGAAAUUGUCAGGGGAAAGCUGUUACAAUCGGCCGGUACAUGGUUCGACGAUCAAGAAUUUACCACAUGGUUUCAGUUUGAAACGUUCUUUCGGAGUCGAUAUUCGUCAACCAUGAAAUCUCAAACAAAAUUUAGUGAAUUACUUCAACGAAAACAACAACCUGAUGAACCCAUGGCAACGUAUUUCAAUGAUAUGGUUUCCUUGUGUCGAGAAGUCGACACAGGUAUGACUGAGAGGAUUAUUGUCCAACAUCUUAUGAACGGUGUUCGUCCUGAAUUUCGGAAGCAACUUUCUCGCCAUGACCCCCAGAUUGAUCAAAUUGCAACGUUUUUGACCGUGGCAAAAAAGGAACAAGAUAUCCAUGAACAAUUUGAAAAAUUUCAAGAAAUGAAAAUUCAACCCCAACAACCAUACUUCUUCAUGAAUCCGGAAUCAACAACCCUAAUUGCCGUCAUUCAUCAACGGCCAUAUCGACAUCCAAAUCAUUCCAGUCGGGAUUUACAACAAUUGGGAAUCGGGAGAUCUGUCGAAAGACAGCAAUCAUUUAUUCCAGGUUCUCAUCAUAAAUUAUUGAAAUCAUCAGAAAUUCCACGCAAAUCGACAACGAAACAACCCGUGAUGGAUCUCAGAACAGGUGGUCAACUACCGAACAAGAAUGUUAUGCACUCAUCUGCUCACUUGAGAAAUGGCAUAUUUAUUUAA